UUGAACCAUGUGCACCUAGUGGACUGUUCCUUGUGUCUGACUGCUGCAGCAUUCCUUCCUCCACUGUGUAUGCAGCCACGUCCUGUUUGCGGACGGCCUGUCUAUUUUGGUGUUCUGUGGGGGUCACCCCAUCCUUGCCAGGAGCUGUCUUGUCCCUCUACCCACUACCUCCGAGAGCACAUCCUACCCACAGCCUGACCUACUCUGCAUGACUACUUAAGCAACAUGAAGGCACUACAAUAUGUCAUGCUGUUUUUUUCGGGUUUUUGUCAUGUCACAUCAGCCUCAUCUGACUCCAGUCAUGUCUACCUACAACGGGGCAAGCCUGGAGAAAUACCAAAUCCCCACGUCACUGGGAAUUCCACCAAUCUGGAAAAAAUCUCCUCAGCCUACUGGUACAAACUGACGUCUGAGGGAAAACCACUCCUUAUUUCAAAUUUUGAAGGCAGUAUCAUACCAAGAACCAAGUAUAUCAAGAGGUUCAACAUGACAGAGAAUUUUUCACUCAUUAUUAACAAUGUCACCGACAGAGAUGGAGGGCAGUAUAUCAGCAGAGUGGUUAAAAAAAACCAAGUACUGCCAGAGAGCUCAGUGGAUGUAACCAUUUUCGUGUCACCAAGUGAACCUGCCCCCUGGAUUGAGGAGUGUGGAGUGCCCAAGGACCGUAAGGACUACUGCAUGAUGCAGCUCCCUUCUGAAGAGACAUUUUUCUACCUGAUGUGUCAUGUGACCGGUGCCAGGCCAGCUGUAGAUCUGCACCUGCGGCGAGUUCAUGCAGACGGGAGCUCUGAGGCUGUAGACCAAGUUUUGCACAUAGUCCGGAGAGAGGACAGUUCACAAUAUGGAGCUAUUGGCAAAGAUAAGGCCUUGUUCAGCACAAUGUUAUAUUUCAAUGGGACCUUCCAUGGCAACACCACUUUGCUAUGCAUAGCAACCGGCCUAGCAAUGGGAAGGAACAAUGGCAGUGCUAUGCAAGUCCACAUCUCAAAACCGCUCGAUGACACGCAUGUGCCAAGCACAGCUCGAUGGAUAACAGAGGUUGAAGGGACAGGACGGCUUGUAUUAGAGGGGAUCAGCAUUGCAGCUCUAUGUGCUUUUGCAGUUGGUCUCCUCUUGAUGCUGGUGCUCAAGAAGACAGUCUGUAGAAUGGAGCGCUUCCAGCAGGCCGUGCCAAGAGAACAGCAGCCCUUUCUUUUGAAUGAUCCCACUACAAAAUGCGGGAUUCCAAAACCACAGAUGGACUCAUUGAAGGAGAACAUUGGCAAAGUGGCCUAUGUUGGUUUGACAGACCCCCAAGCGGAAAGGCGUGUCUUUUCUCCAGAUGAGUUCCCAAACCCCACACUGGAGAUCGGUGUGGGAUUAGGCAUUUUGUGUAAGGAAACAAGGACCAGCGAAGGGAGAACAGUACCUACUGUGAAGUUCUUACACUUAUUUCAAGAAUACUAUGCAGCUUAUUACUUGUCAACAGAUCCAGCCACACUGUUACCACAGGUCUGUGGGGAAACCAUUCCGAGGAAUGAGCACCUCCUGAGGUUUUGCAGGGAGAUGAGUGAUGAGGCUGCUCGUAUAAUUGAUGAACUCCACCAGCAAGGCUAAGUUGUCUCAUCAAAUGGUGAGAAUGUAGCAGGGUCCUCCAGUAAAUUGUUUUCCUUCAGUACUUUCCUUGGGAUAUUUCACUGUACAUUUCGUAGUGGUGGCCUAUCCCAUCGAAUACGACGAUGUAGCUCAUAUCGGUGUCUAGCCGCACGACGAUUCACGCAAUCAGCAACAUACGCCGUUCAAGCAACACGGCCCAGAUGGACAGCAGAUCGCCAACGAACACGGUCCUGCACCACAGUGUGCCACGAGCUAAUAACUGGAAUUUGGAAAGCCCACAGAUCGUGCUUUAGGACGUUUUUGUCUCACCAGGCGGGCUACUAGAGAAUGGUUUUAACCAGCCCGCUGCUGUUUUGACUUGCAUUUGGCCAGCAGGCUACCACUAAGGUCGAACCCUUGCUGCAACAUUUGUGUCAGAGCAAUAGGGGUUAUUGUUGGAAUCUCCGAAUAAACACACAAAUAGUGCAGUUGUAUUCACUUUAAAGUUGGUAUAUACGUGCUUUUUCAUUAAUUUCAAAUUUGUUUCCGAACGAAUUUUGAAGGAAUAUAAUGCCCUGUAACAAAUAAAUUUGCUUGUUUGCAAACAUUGCAUUUGCAGGCCUUGGCACGGUUGUAAAAAGCUAGACAGUGCUGUAUGCGAUGGCACAGGCGGACUAAGUCAGGCCAUGGAGGAAGAAAUUACCGGCUUGAUUUCAAGUCUAUGAAUAAAAAGGUGGGACUCUCCUAAAUCAAAAGUUGAAAUUAAUUAAUGGAUUACUUGUUGGCGGCGGAUUUUUUUUCGUGCCAUAUCUCAUUGGAAAGCUAAUAUGUGUAACUAGUACAAUGCUAGUAAAUUAUCAAUUCAAUUUGAAAAUCUAUUUUUCAGGGUGCCACACCCAAAAAGCAUGUAUACACCAAGUUUAAGGCUGCUUCAUAUAAGCACAGCAGGAGCUCGUGUAAUGUUCAGAAACUUGGGUCAAGUCUCAAUAUUUUGUUUGUAUCAAUUGUAAGUUUGAGGUAUCUUUUUUACUCAUUUUGUAAUCAUAAUGAAAUUCCUUAUUUCUUGAAUCUACCGUUAAGCCUUAAAACUCUUGUUUUUCAGUCUGUUAUGAUUUCCAAUUGCAGCUAAAAUUGUUGGAUCAUUUAGAAAAAAAAAUUCUCAGGUAGGGAAAUGGACCAUGGCCAGUAUGGCAAAACAUCUAUGCUUUUGAAAAAUGAUGGCUUUUAUGCCACACAAGAGGUUUGGUGUAAGAAACAAAUGCACUCAAAAAAUGUCACUAUCAACAUACAUGCGAAACAGUGAAGAAACAAAAUAACAAAAUUUGAACGUGCCUUGUCUUGGCGUCAUCAUUUGUAAAUAAAGUUCUGAAAUACCUAUUGUGCUUGUACAAAUUUUAUUUAUGUGUUAAUCUAACUCAAAUUAAGGCUGUAAACAGUUUCUUGUACAUGUAUUUGAUUUGAUCUGGUACGAUUUUCCCAUCGGCAUUAAUCCAUUAUAACAAGAUAUCGCUUAUUAGCAUAAAUUUCAAUAAAUUAUAUUCAGGUACAAAUUUUAUUUUUGUGUACAUACUAUGCAGUUAAUAUAAUCAAAUAAAGAGGUGGAUUUUUAAAUAUUUAUGUAUAUUUAUUUGACAAUAACAUCACACACAAGUUUGUAAUGCUACAGACUUGUACUUCCUUGCAUACAGUAUUUCAUUUUCUAUACUUGGAUUUACAAUGUGUGUGUCCAUGCCUGAGCAGAAAUUCAGAGUAAAAUCCAAUGUUAUUUUGAAUGGAAAAAUCAAAUGCUAAUAAUUUUGCCCCAAUGGACUUCCAUUUAUACUUAAAAUUGCGAUUUGAAUGCAAAUUAAAGCAGGGCGUUCUAAAAACGCGGUGGUUAUAAUUUCUUCAAACUGCAAGGCAACCUACACAUGUAUGAAGGUUGGUACUUACGGUGCCCUUUAAUGCAAGUUUUUGGAAAUUCUAGUGUGAUUUUUAGGAAGUAUUUAAUGGAAAAAAAGGCUUGAAAGAUGAUUGGAUUUGUCCUUCCUUAUUAAUCAAAAUCAAAAGUAUUGGUUUGAUGCCAUUUUGAAGCACGGUCUUUGAGCUAAACUGUACAGUUGCAAAAAUGUUAUGCAUCAAGAUGUAAAACUAAAAAUAGAGUAAUUAAAUUGCACACACAUACAAGUGUGAAAUGUCUUUCCUUUGCUGAGGUAAAUAAUCUAGAGUUUGUUUUGCAAAAUUUAUUUUUUAGUAGUAAUUUUGCCUUCUUCAUGAUAAAGGCUCUCUUAUGAAUUUUUACGCCCAAUUAAAGUAUUGUAUUUAAAGAGCCUUAAAAAAAAACUUAUUUUUAUAUCUUUUGUGUGAAAAUCAACCAAAUUUAAUAUUAAUUCUGAACUUGAAAUGCUGCUGCGGUACAAUAUGAAUUGUACAUCUGUGAAAGCUGGUCUUUACAACCUAUCAUAAAUGCAGGCAGGUGUUGCAAUUAAUUACCCCUACUUUAACCCUACCCUUGGUAUUUAUCCUUGUCCAGGCAUAAGUUCUUAAUUGUCUCUUUGUUUUCCUUUGUGUUGAAUUCUUAUGUUGCACUUUUAGUGUGCAGAACACACUAUGAUCAAUGGACUCCAUCUCCUCUUUUUCAUGUAAGACCAUGGUAUGUCUUAAGUUGAUUUUUUCUCAGCUGAUACAAAAACCUCUUACAAAUUGAAACAUUAUUGAAAUUGCAUGCAACAGUAAGUGUUACAACAGUACGUAAGCGCUUUGCAAGUUGUAAAUAAUUAAACGGUAAAUAUUUAUGCUAAGAAACACUGGGUGACUUUGAUAGUGCUUUUAUUGUUGUUGCAUGGUACAACCACAGUAUACAUAUACAAACUUUAUCAAGUAUUUAUCUACAUGUAUAUGAACUGUACUUUAUAUAAUAUAAGCGGAUCAACAAAAACA